CGUAGUACGUUGUUGGUCUGGAGUCUGGUUGUCACUUUGCAGAUGGCUACAGAUGGAUGGUUUGAUUUGGUUUGGUUUGAGUGGUUAAACACAUUAAAAGUUUACAAUAAGAAAACGUUAGAGAAGGCUGUUUAUGAUAGAGAUAAAUCUACUCCAUUAAUUACAGUGUCAAAUCAUUAUAGUUGUUUAGAUGAACCUUUGAUAUGGGUUAUGUUAAAGUUAUCUGUUUUUGGCAAUCCAACCAAAACAAGGUGGGCUAUUGGUGCUCAUGAUGUUGUUUUUACCAAUUACUGGAACUCUUUAUAUUUCACCCUGGGCAAGACAGUACCAGUUAUUAGAGGUGAUGGUGUUUAUCAGGAGACAAUAGAUUUUAUUAUUGAAAGGCUCAACUUAGGAGAAUGGACUCAUGUUUUUGUUGAAGGUAAAGUAAAUGUGGAUAGAGAAAGGUUAAGAUUAAAAUGGGGUGUUGGUAGAAUGAUAGCAGAGUGUAAAACAUCACCAAUAGUAUUACCCAUAUGGCAUUGUGGUCUAGAUGAUGUUUUACCAAAUGUGAGACCGUACAGACUACAUAUCAGUCAGAAGGUGACCUAUUUAGUUGGUGAUCCAAUGGAUUUUACAGAAGAUGUUGUUAAAUUAAAGUCACUAAAUAAAUCAUCUAGAGAAAUAAGGAAACAUAUAACUGAUAAGAUACAAGAAGUGUUAUUUUCUUUACGUGAGCAAGCUGAAGUUUUACAUGAUCAACAUACUGGAAAAUCGUGACCAUGUAUAUUAGGAAUUCCAUUGUUAAUUCUGCAAAUCGAAAUUAACAUAACAUCUUUUUAUGUUUUUAUUGGUACCAAAGUAUGAACUGUUAAGCAUUGUAUAUUACACUAAACAUAUUUGUAUGAAUGGUUUUUUUCUGCUUGAUUUUUAUAUUUGAAAGAAUCUAUUACUCUUAGUUUGAUUUUUUUAGCUGCAUUUUUGUAUCUCCUUUAAUAAAGAUUUCUAUCAUCUC